ACUCCAAUUGAGCCUUGUGCAUUGCUCUUUUCCGGACUUCUCGACUCAUAUCGUCAUCAUGGGUGUUCCCUUCGAGGCUCUUCUUCCCUUUGGUAUCAUCAUCGGAUCGUUCACUGUCGGCGGUGCCGGCUUGUGGGCGGUUCGGAAAUGGGACAACGAGGGCAAGAUGCCGCGGUGGAACAAGGACAAGUGGGAUAGAGUAAUGAUGGAGAGAGACCUGAGAAUCACGGGCACGAAACGAGGACAAUCGAGCAACCCGGAAGCUCCCAAGGGAUUCGAGCUCAGCAACCCCUGGAAGAUCGAGAAACGGAUUUUCUAGACAGCAUGGGUUGUCACACGUCAUGUCAUUAUUCCCGCCUGUUCCUUAUUUAUUCGGCCGCAUUACUUUCGAGAGAAAUAUCCACGCAAUGAAAGAUUGUUUGUAUCAUACUAUAAGAAAUAUCUGGCCGGCUGGGUACACUGCCAGGUAGAAUUUGUCUAAGCCUUUGUUUCCACAUCUAUAUCUAUUUGAUCUCAGAUACAAAACCGCGGAUAGCCUCGACUUCAUAAUCACGAAAGUGCAUAUCAAACCACUUUUCCAGGGCUUUGACGCGAUCUGCGUCCCUUUCCAGCGUCUCCACAACCUCCGUCUUUCCAAACUGUCUCUUCUUUACCUCCC